CGUCUUACCCCAUCCCGUCGCAGCCGCGCGUCCGCCACUCGGUCUGGGCCUCCGCGGGCGCGGUCCCCCAGGACACGCCGGGCACGACGGCGUAGGCGGCCCGCAGCGCGGCGCAGCGCGCGCGGUCCGCGGCGUCGUCGGCCUCGCGCGCGUCGUCGACGGCGCGGCCCGCGUCGCGUUGCCGCGCGAAGUCGUCGACCUCCGCCUCGGGCUCCGCCGCGGCCCAGUCCCGCUCCGGCGCGGCCCAGUUCUCCUCCGGCGCCGCGGCCCAGCUCUCCGCCGCGGCCCAGCCCGGGGCCGAGGCGGCCGCGAGGUCCUCCGAAAACGCCGCGUCGACGGCCCGCGCGAGGAGGUCCGCGUCCCCGUACAGUUCCGAAAACGACGCCGCCUCCGCUCGUUCCUCCACCACCAAGCCCGCGACGCGCUUCACGAGGAGCUGGUUCUCCAAAGCUUCCUGCUCCGCGCUCAGCAGCCGCGCGGCCAGCGCCUGGCGCGCGAGGCUCGCGGCGGUUUCCGCGUCCUCCUCGCCGCCCCUUUCACAAUGCGCGUCGUGGCGGAUCGACGCCGCCAAUACGACAACUAAUAAGAGCGCCGCGGCGCCCACGGCCAGGGCCAGGUCGCGGCCGCGCAGGCGGCCCUCCCUCGUGGUCAUGCGUGAUCACUGAUCACUGCACAGGGCGGGUCAGCGCUCGAGGGAUGUAGUGAUGCGCACACUACACCGUGCAGUCGCUGGGCGUAAGAUGGAACGCGCCUCGAGCUUAGUCCUUAGCAAGCACGCUGCCCUGCACGCCUCUCGAGUGCGCCUCUUGUGA